AUGUUAAUCAAAUUAAUUUUUCCAUCAUUGAGAUCAAAUACUAAUCAAGAAGUCUGUCGUAUUCAUCAUUAUCGAUCAUCAAGCUCAUUAACUAUGGAUUGGCUUGCUAAAGCAAUAUUUCAGAUCACUAAUUUAAAACGCGAUACACCAUUUAGUCUUUAUUAUUAUGUUGAUAACCAAUUCCUGCAAAUUACAACAAAAUCAUGUUUGAAAAAAAUGGUCAGAUACUUUGGUAAUAAUGGUCAAAUUUGUAGAAUAUACGCUAUUCCUCAUCCAUAUUCUGAUUCGAAACCUCUGAAUUCAUUUUUCAGUUUUUGUAGAGCUGAUGAAUUGCCAAAUAUUUUAACGCAACCCUCUAUUAUUGAACAUAAAACAUCUGAUGAAACAUGGUUACAAACUCCAUGUAAAUUAUGUGAAAAAUCCAAAUGGUCGGGUGAAAGAUACACUUGUUUAUUUUGUUCAAACAUAGUCCUUUGUAAAGAAUGCUUUUUCACAGGUUAUCAUAAAGAACAUCCUAUAUUAUGUACUCGUAAUAACAAAUUAUAUUCACAGAAAUUAUUACAAGUUUCACGUUUAGCUGUAGCAACAGUGCCAUGGAGGGAUGCAUUACCGAAAGUCAAUAGAGAUCCGAAACCGAUGAUCGAAUAA